AUGAAAGGAGGAUCAAAGAUGAUGAUGACGAUGGUGGUGGCAACAUGGAUAUGGUGGUCGAGUAUGAGUGCAUUCGGAUGGGCUCGUGAGGUCCCUCUAGAAGCAAGCUACAGCACUGUGAGUUUCAACACUACAUUCCAAGAUGCGAGUGUGGGGUUUUACCAGAUGUUCAUGCGAUCUCUACGAAGAGAUUUGUCGAGUGGAGCCGAGAGCUAUGACAUUCCAGUGUUGCGAUCGAAAGCCGCAGCGGUUGGAGACAACCAAUUUGUGUAUGUGAAGCUUUUCAAUCCAAAAAUCUCCAUCACAUUCGCAGUGUAUACUCUCAACGCAUACGUGGUGGCCUAUCAAGUAGAUUCAUCAAGGCGUUGCUACUUCUUUAAAGAAGCUCCUGCCAAUUCCAAGUCCUUGCUUUUCAGUUCUUGUACUAGUAAGGUCGAUGUUAAUCUCGAAACAAAUUAUGACAACUUAGGAGACAGAGAGAAAACCAGGUUGGGAUUCAAGCCACUGGACCAAUCCCUAGAAGAGUUUCAAAGUUUUGAUAGCGAGGAUUCUACAACCACGCUUCGUCGGAAUCUUCUAGUUGUUAUCCAAAUGGUUGCAGAGGCUGCGAGAUUCAAAUACAUUCAGAAAAAAAUAGAGUCGAACGGGUUCGAGUCAGGAUUUCUCCCAAAAGGUGAUGUUAUCAGCUUUGAGAAUAAUUGGGAAGUUCUUUCCAAAGCAAUCCAGAAAUCUAAAGAUGGAAAAUUUGCUACACCAAUUAAAUUGCUGGAUGAGAACUAUACUCCACGCUAUGUGUCCACGGUUGAAGAAGUGGAAAACGACAUGGGACUCUUGCUGAAUGUAGCCACAGCAAGGUUUCAUGGUGACCGAAGUGCUGCUAUGUACUAUAUGAUCUAA